GUCGAAUCCCAGCUCUCAUCGUGAAGAACAGUUUACAGUGCGAAGUUGAUCGCGUUUUUCUCUGAAAGCAAAGCAAGCAUAUUACUGUUCGCUGAUAUAUCAGUCAACCUCUGCUUUUCAUCUUUUGCUUCGGGAAAUAAAAAAGAAUCCGGGUUCUCUAUCCACAGUUCAUCUUUUGCUUCUUCUACAACUGUCACGGUUCCUUUCCAUUGCCUCAACACUAUUGCUUCCCGCAAUUAACGAGUAAUCUAUAAAUGAAUCAGCUUGAUUGGCGUAUACUUUGUGGGAAUAUCUGGCCGUAGUGCUGUUCUAUUGAGUGUGAAAUGCUUAUUUGCGUGUAGCUUGUGCAAAAACUCUAUUUAAUGCAUAUUGCACCAAAUGUGUAACUUGUGCUGAUUUUUCUAGGCGUAGUUUAUUCAGCAACUGUGACCAUGGGUGAGGACCACUCAUCUGAGCCUGGUAGGUCAAAGAAGGCUGAGAGCGAUAGGGGGCAUGGCUAUAAUGAUCCUACGCAGAGGAAUGAGUUAUGGACUGAUGGGCUUAUUUGUGCUUUUGAAUAUGUUCAUGGACGAAGCAGAACCGGCAGGAAAGGAUCUUAUUCCAAAAGCUUUUCGCACACUGAGACGGAUAAUAGAUAUGCUAAAACAGAAGUGUCCACUCAUGGAGGACAUGAAUUUACCACUCCAAUAGUGUUGGGAAAUCAGGAUAAUGCACCAGUGGAUGCUGUGGACAGACUCUCUGGAAGCUUUUGGGUUCCUAUUGGUUGGGUUAGAAUUUCAGAACUUGUUCAGAUGGUGCAGGUUGAUUCUAGAUGGUCUGAUCAGCAGUUUGAUUUUAGGGGUGAGGAAAAUGACCUAACUGUUGCCGACGUAGCUAUUCCAUACUGGGAACGUCCUGCAGGGCCCAUAUGGUGGUGUCAUGUCGCUGCUGCUCAUCCUUCUGUUGAAUCAUGGCUUAGCAAUGCUGAUUGGUUGCAUCCAGCAAUUAGCAUUGCUUUAAGAGAUGAGAGUCGGCUGAUUAGUGAAAAGAUGAAACACCUGCUCUACGAGGUUCCGGUCAGAGUUGCUGGAGGGUUACUAUUUGAGUUGUUGGGGCAAUCUGCUGGUGAUCCAUAUAAUGAUGAAGACGACAUUCCAAUUGUACUUCGCUCUUUUCAAGUUCAGAACUUUCUAAUUAGUGCUUUGCAUGUGAAAGGAUCAUCCAAAAGCAUGAACGUUUUGGGAAUUACAGAAGUUCAGGAACUUCUUUCUGCUGGUGGUUAUAAUACACCACGGACCAUACAUGAGAUAAUCGCACAUUUAGCCAGCCGGCUAGCACGUUGGGAUGACAGAUUAUUUCGUAAAUCAAUAUUUGGUGCUGCUGAUGAAGUAGAGUUGAAAUUUGUUGUGAGGAGGAACCAGGAAGAUCUAAACCUGUUUGGCAUAAUCCUUAACCAGGAAAUCAGGAGAUUAUCAAGACAGGUUAUUAGAGUGAAGUGGUCUCUCCAUGCAAGGGAGGAGAUAGUUUUUGAGCUGCUCCAACAUUUGAGGGGGAAUGCAACAAGAAGCCUGCUGGAAGGAAUACAGAAGAGUACAAGGGAGAUGAUUGAAGAACAGGAAGCAGUACGUGCACGCUUAUUUACUAUCCAGGAUGUCAUGCAGAGCAAUAUUCGUGCGUGGCUGCAGGAUAGAAGCCUUAGAGUUACUCAUAACUUGGCGGUGUUUGGUGGAUGUGGAGUCGUUCUAACGAUCAUAACAGGGCUUUUUGGAAUCAACGUAGACGGAAUCCCCGGUGCUAGUAAUACGCCAUAUGCAUUUGGUCUGUUCACAGGGAUCCUUGUUUUAAUAGGCAUUUUGCUGAUCAUUGUUGGGUUGAUAUACCUGGGGCUGAAAAGGCCAGUUAGCGAAGAGGAGGUUGAAGUCAGAAAGUUAGAACUGCAAACUCUAGUCAAGGUGUUCCAGCAUGAAGCGGAAACUCAUGCUCAGGUUGGUCAACCUCGUUCUCACCAUAACUACUUGCCCCCAACUGCUGGUGAUAGGUUUGCGGAUGAUGCAAAUUUUAUUCGAAUCAGCUAACGUGAAAUACCAUGGAGUCACUCAAUGGAUAGUCCAGGUUGGAUCAUAACAUCAUGUGAAUGUACUGUUUCCACUGAAAUCCAUCAGUGCCGUCUGCUUAGCAUUUCUUUGAGGCUACGUUUUGAUCCCAGAAAAUGUUAGUAAAAAGAAAAAUGUUAAUAAGAAUAAAGUAUUAGUUCCAUUUUGGUUCUGGAUUAUUAACACGUACUAUAAAUAAAUAAGUAUAUUGGCUUAUCCCAUUCCGAUGUAUGAAAAGCUUGACUUAGUGUAUUUGUUUGUAUACCUGAUCAAAUAACUUAGUAUUUGGUAAAUUAAAAAAAGUGACAUCUACAGUUUAUUA